AAGGUACAUAAAACAGUAUGCAUUAUACCAUAGUCAAACGUUUUACUCACAGUAUUCCAAGAUGAAGACAUCGAAGUCUCAGUGGCUCUCGUGUUCCCUUCUGUUUAUCGCUUCGCUGUCUUGCAUGCCUGGAAAAUCGUCAGCCCGCAAAGUAUCAGAUGAAUUCAAGUUCCUAGUCACCCCAAAAAUGUUUUAUGCUGUUCCAUUUGGGUCCAACUUCAAGCUGAGUUGUACAACAAAUGAUGAAACGGCCACUACACAAUUAUAUCAUCGUCAGUCUAUAGGAAGUGCUUGGAAUCUGCUCUCACCAACACCUGGCAAACUCAUUAAAUCUGGUCAGGUGUACACAGUUUUGGGCUUUGGUAUAUCUAAUGCAGGACAAUACCAGUGUCGUGCUACUAAUGGUUCAGGGACUACUAUCAAAUGGUCUGACCGAUUGGCUAAUUUGAUUCCUAAUCCUAGCUUAACACCUCCACUCGAUAUCCAUCCUAGGCGUGCUGUUGUCUUGACAACGGGACAAUCGUAUAACGUCACCUGUUCUUCUGUGCCUCAAAGUACUCUUAAGUGGUUUAAGAAGUAUACUGAUGGUUCUGAGACAGCUGUACCAAGUAAUCAAAUACAUACAGAGAAAGAUCUUGAGAUAAACAAGUUAAAGGUGGUAUUAAUGUUCAAGAAUGCACAAAAAAACGAUGCUGGGAUUUACAUUUGCAAGAUGACUUACCAAGGGAAAGGAGACUUCAAAUAUUCAACAUUAGAAGUAUAUGAUCGAUUCAAGUUCAGGAGGCAACCAAAGAGGUUCUCGAUUGUUGGAUUUGGUGCCAGUCUUACCAUUGCCUGCACAACCAACGAACUCAAUGCCGAUGUGUCUCUGUACCAUCGAGGAAGUCCCUCAAAACCUUGGAAACAACUUGUGCCUGACAUGAAAAGAGUUUUUAAAAAUAGCCAGACAUUCGUUAUUUCAAACUUUGGUAUAUCUGAUGUAGGGCACUAUCAAUGUCGUGGUAGAAACAGAAGAGGAAACACGAUUCGAUGGAAGGAAGGAUCUGGCAUCGUUCUUGCUCAUCCAAUUCUCACACCACCAGUAACGAUUGAACCUAAACAUGCUGUUGUACUCACUGAAGGACAAUCUCGAAACAUCACAUGUACUUCUGUAGAUCGCACGACCCUUCAGUGGUUUAAAGAGCUUGCUAACGGUACCAUCAUACCCGUUCCGACAAGUAAAACUGUCGAGAAAAGAGAUCGGAAUAAGUUUAGUGUGAUUCUUAUGUUUAGGGAUGCUAAGAAGAAAGAUUCUGGUUCCUACAAAUGUUUGAUGACCUUCCAAGGUAGAAGGAGCCAUAAGUACGCUUCAUUAACGGUCAUGGACAAAGGCACGAGUCCUCAUUUGAAGGGCCGAAAGAAAAUGCUUUCAGUAGAUGAAACUUCACGUGUUGUUAUGUCAUGCAAUGCUAAAGGAGAUCCCUUGCCAAAUAUCACGUGGUACAAAGGCUCUAAUCUUAUUAAUUGCUUAAGUAAUGGCAAACCUUGCGGUCCUCUUCUUCAAUACACGUUGAAAAACAGAAUCAAGACAAAAAACACCUCCAAAAUCGUUCGCUCCCAGUUGAAGAUAUCUCGUACAAACAGAGUGCGUGACCAAGGAAACUACAUUUGUGUGGCUUCAAACAAGCAUGGCGUGGCUCAUCGUUCUUAUCAGCUGACAGUUAAUUAACUUCAACCAGGAAACAUUUCCUUCUUGUAUAGAAGUCAGUUUCAAACAGUGACACCUUUUCAUUUCUGUCAACUAUUCAUUUUUUAUUUUAAAUAGUUUGGCAAAACAAACAAACAAACCGAGAUCAAUUUAGUGAAACACUUACAAAGCGCAGUUCACAAACUUUUCACAAAAACCAGAAACUAAUUUGUCUUGACAUCAACUCUACUUAAGACCGACUUAUGUGUUAUUGUUCAUUCUUUUAUACGAUUCUGUAAUGAUGUUUUCUUUAUUAUUUUUUAUGGUGUUCGGUUGGUGAUUGUGAUGCUGCUGAUGUUGUUGUUGUAAUGAUCGUGAUACCAUUUUUACUCUUGCAAUUUAUGGUGAUGAUGAUGAUGGCCGUGGUGAUGAUGGUGUUGCUGAUGUUCGGGUUGUGAUGAUAAUGGUUGAUGAUGAUGAUGAUGAUGAUGAAUAUUGAUAAUAAUAAUAAUAAAUACUUUAUUAACGUGUCUAGUUUACAGGAAACAGUAAACUAAUUGGGGACACCUAUCAAACCUAACUAACAUAUAUAAACAAAAUCAAUAAUUACAAUUAAAAUAAAUUCUAGAACUAAAGAAUACUUAUUGAUGUCAAAUCCCUCCCCCCCUCCUAGAAACUAAAAAACUCUCCACUCCCCUCCCCCCACCUCCACAACAGAUGAUGGAGUUGAUGAUAAUGAUGCUGCUAAUGUAAGUGAKGAUUUCACUAAUGUCUUCUAAAAGUUUGUUCGUAAACAUUAGCGCGGUUUAAUAAAUCGAGGAACAUCUAUUAUUGCUAUAUAUUCUUUUAUAUACUCCAAUACUUAUGAUUUCAGAGGUAAAUAAUAUCCCGAGGAUUAUCACCAGAGGCAUGGCAAGAUGCAUGAUCGUUUGAACAUCUCUCUGCUUUGUCACGUCCUUAAAACUUCACCUUAUACCUCCACACUUCAUGUCAAUCAACUAAACAGAGCUGGUUAUGUGUCGAUGUAUUUCCGACUAAGAAUAUUUACAUUUGACAAAGGAAAUUGUCAACAUGCUUCAAAAUCCAAGACCACUGCAAAGGAGUAGCUCCAUCACUGUCUUUAAAAUCUUAGCAACUUAUUUUCACUCCGCCUUUGGAUUUUUAGAGACUCAUAUUAAACUGUUCCAACGAGGGAUCCCAUCCCCAAGGGUCUUGUUUUUAGAUAAAAUUUAACGUCGUCAAAAUUUGGAGCAGUACUUUAUUGAAAUAAAGUUUAUUUAUGCAACGUAGCAGAAACGAUGUUUUUAUCGAGAAAGAAGUGUCCCUGGAAAAGGUCCAAUACAACAUGAAGAAAAAUAAACAUAUUAAAAACGUU